CGCGGUGGUGAUGAUUUCGCAGUUUUAAAAUCUCGUCCCGAUCUGCGGAGUUGGUGCACUUUUGCGAGUGAAAUUUCGGAUUUUGGUGGAGUUUUGCCUGGUGAAGGUGCGAAAGCUUAGGAGAUUUACGUUUCGACAGUGAACAGCGAAGAACGGGGUUUGCAACAGUCUUGAGUAUAACUUCAGGCGAUUUGUUGUGCACAAUAAAGAAUCGCAAUCGAUGGGAUUCAAGAACGGGCCAAGGAGACGGUGGCCGUGAAAAGACGAGAAGUGAACCAAGAAUUAUAGAAGUGGUCGCAGCACGUGAGUGAAGGAAAACCUUCUGUUUUGCAAAAUCUCCCAAGAGAGGGAGCGCAAAAUUUACGCCUGUUUGCGUGCAAUCGUACGCACGACGAGAGCAAGAGCAGUAUUGCAUACAUUUCGGCGCGCUAGAUUUUCGAUAGCAUGUUUGGCUGUUGGUGGUGAGAAGUCGCUCUUUCUUGAUUCCUUCGAUGACCGUGCUGGUUGUUAAUCGGGACCGUUGGAUUCGUCCUUGCCGUUCAGCUGUUUCGUGAUUUCGGAGUUUCGCGAUAGGAGGUCGAAGGUGUGUGCGUGCCACUGUCAGGCUGAAGGCUCCUGCCGGUCGUGUUAAAUGCUAGAGAACCACGCUGGAUAGGUGCGCAUCACGCCGUUCAGGACUCGAGGUCAAUUUCGCCAAUGCAACAACUCUGCCGCCGUCACAAUAGAACUGCCGCUACAACAAAACUGCCACGUUAGAAUUCGUCGCCAUCAAUCAUUGCCAUCAGCCAGCCAGCGCUGCCACCCACACCGAGCCUGCGCCCCGAGUAUCGAAGCAGCAACAGGCUCCAUAGGAUGAAUUCAUGAGCCAAACGGUAAAGGCCACCUUUUCCGAGCACAUCAAGAUCAAAAUUCGCUGGGCAUCACCCUCCAGAUCGUCCCCGAGCCGGUCGACCCGCAGCAGCAGCAACACCCGAACCAGCACCAAAAUGAGCGAUCGCAAGGCAGUCAUCAAGAACGCCGACAUGGGCGAGGAGAUGCAGCAGGACGCGGUGGACUGUGCGACGCAAGCCCUGGAAAAGUACAACAUCGAAAAGGACAUCGCCGCGUAUAUCAAGAAGGAGUUUGACAAAAAGUACAACCCCACCUGGCACUGCAUCGUCGGCCGGAACUUUGGCUCGUACGUCACGCACGAAACGCGUCACUUUAUCUACUUCUACCUGGGACAGGUGGCCAUCCUUUUAUUUAAGAGCGGUUAAGCGGCGCCGGUCAACGCGGAGUGAGGAGGUGAAGGAAGCGCGUGCUUUAACAAGACAAGGAUUUAGGGGAGCGUAGCGCGUUUUGUGUGUAUACAGGAAGAAGAAGAAGAAGAAGCAGCAGAAGUCAGGAGGGUAGCAAACAAACACAGCAGCAAAAGCAGAAAAAGCAACAGCAGCAGCAGAGCAGGAACACAUUCUAUUUACUAUUACUUCUACUAUUAAUGAUUAUUACUACAAUUAAUGAUGCCCAACAACAACAACUCCACAAACAACAUCCCGGAUGGUGUGAGCCAGGAGCUAUGUGAUAUCCGAGAGAGCUGUGCUGUGUGUGAGAUGGCGCUCCGGCUUCCGGAAGGAACGCGUGGGUCUAGUUCUCAACCAACUCAACUCAAACUUAAGCAAAUCCUUUCGAAUGAGACACAGAAGAACCAGCCAACCUACACACUCGGUGAAAACAGACAGCGUUAGAGAGAGAGGGAGAGACGGCUAUAGAUCUUUUAACAAAAACGAUUUAGGAGCACAUUAUGUAUAGACACAGACAGCCAGUGGGAAAGGUAGUAGUUUUUUCAGAAGAGGAUUCGAUUAUAUUCCAAGCAAAAUUUGCGAAUGAAAUACCUGGGUUUAGAGCAAAUUUAUUGAACCAUAUUAUAGUUUUUUGUUUUGUAAACACACAGGCUUACAAAUAAGUGUGAUGCGUGUUGAAAGCUGCGUAAACGAUCGGUAACUGUUUUGAUUUUUUUUUCUCAUAAUUUUCUUAGUCGCCACAUUGAACUAAUAAAAAAUAACGAUAACUGGAGGACACAAACACAAAGAAAAAACACUUUUCAUUUCACUCUCAUCUUUCCCUUCCCCGCCUUUUCACAUCGCGUAAACUUUGGUGUCUUUCUUGAAACCCCAAACCAUUCAUGUCGCAUCACCCACAUACACUCACACUCUCAGCGAAUCUCCCGUCCUUCCGCUUGCUCGUGCGAUCAAUUUGGAAUGGUCCUACUAAUCGGAAUAACUCUCGCGCGAAAAUGUCCCCGCUGUGCCCCUGUCCGUUUGAAUGGUGUGUGUACAAUGUAAAUCGGCGUUGGUGUGUAGGUCAAGGUCGUCAACGACGAUCUUAUCGUUAUCGUCUUCGAUCAGCGAUUUUUCUUCCUUUGCGAUAGGAUCAUCGGUGAUGAUUUACAACAACUCUCUUUUGAAAAAAAAAAAAAAAAAU